AGACUGACCUUUGAGGGAUUCUCAGUUAGUGUUGGCGUCUCGGCCAUUCCGGUUCAGAAUGGGCGCUAGCCUGACAAACGCAGUAGUCAUAAAGAAGAUGGCUACGCCCAAUUCAUUUCUCCUGAUCGUCAAUAAGAGUUUUGUAUUGGGAAGGUUUGAGCAUAUGCCCUUUGUUCCAGCCAUCGGUGCCGUGAUUGUCAUUGAUUACAGAGUUUGCUCGGAUGUCAGGAAUAUCAUCAUUGUUGUGAGAUGGAAAGCAUACACUGGAGAUUUGCCAAUGUCUUUUCGUCUACUUAGCAGAUCUAAAGAGGAAGCCAAGUUUUGGGCCAGCUUUUACACUUGUGGCUGUGUCCGCUACAAAACGAUCCCAUAUUCAAACCCGGCAGUAUUCAAUGAUAUCAUAGGAGUCGUUGAGGACGAAAAUGGCGUUUUGGAAAAGAAGUAUAUAGGGAAGCUGCAUGCUACAGUCAAACUAAGUAUUGUGAGUACUGGUCAUAAAUGGGAGCUUUGUUGUGUAAACGACUAUUUGCAGCAAUCGACUGACCUUCAAGAGAAUUGCAGCCGCGGUAUAGUGGGAGCAGUAAAUCAGAAGAGUAAACUUAGCUACAUCACAUCUCGUGAAUUUCCUCACGAUGUUCGUUUUAAUAGUGGCAACGUUGAUGCUGAUUGCGUGAAAGAUCUGUUAGGUCGGGAAGUGACAUUUGUUGCGCGCCAACGAAAUUCUCAUAUUUAUCAUGUGACGGGAUCAGUUAAACCACUAACAAGAAGCAUAAUUCCCAUCAUACACAAUGAAUUCUUCUCACUGGUGGUGAAAGUGGAGCACAUAGGCUGUAAGGACGAACAUGGGGUCGGCAUUGUUUGGAGUGAGAAACUCGAGUUUAUCAGGGAUCCAUACAAGUUAAUUGAAGGCUGCGGCAAGUCUACGUCAAUAUAUGAAAGAGUGCAUGAAAUCGAAGAAAGUCAGAGCAGUAAUAAGGCAAGCAGACCCUGCAUUAUUCCAAGUUCUUCUCUACGAACUUGAUUUAAUGGUUUAAGCACGCGACUUCACAAGAAGAAAUAAGAUGGAAUGAGCACUUUGUGCUCUCUUCCGCCAUGACACUAUUACUAAAUCAUCAUUUGUUUUUAUGUGGAAUAUUGGGUUUCGUGAUUCAGCCUCAUAGUUACAAUUUGGUGGGCAAAUAUUGUUGGUUCAACAUCGCUGAAUAAACAAUUGAUUGUGG